AUGGAAAAGGCAAUGGAUCAGGAAAGCAGUGACGGCGAUGCCGUCGUCAUUCCCAACACAGCGCAGCUAAUGGAGUCGAAGCGACUGCAGCUUCUCGCGGAUCAGCUCGAGAGCUCACUCACCGUCCUGCGCCGGAAGCUCGACCGCAUGGAGAAGCGGAUGGAAAACACCGGUCGCGGCGCACUCCUGCCCUUCCAGCUACGCCGAGCGAAAAAGGAAAGAGAGGAACUGAUGCGCGAGAUUGAAACGACGCAGCACAUCAUCAAGAGGUUGGUCUUCAUGUCAACCCAGAUGACGCAGAUGAUGGCACUCAAGAAGGAGGUAUUUCAGAGCACACGCACGCGUCUUUUGGAGGAGAUCAAGGCACUGGAGAGCCAGAUCAAGGGCAACUCAGAGCAGGUUCUUCGCGGCUAUAUACAGCGAAUCAACAUGCUGCAGCGCUACUGGCCAUGGCGGCAGCUACGCGAUCUCGGUGAUACCUCCGUGGGUAAUACCUUUGAGGAGGAACUGGCUCGAGGUCCUCGGUACCGCAGCGUUGGGAUUCAAAACAACAUCCAGUCCGACUAUCUAGCCCAACAACUGCACUGGUUACAUGAACUCGGCAGCCGCGAGGACGUCUUUCGCGGUCAUCUGCGCCACCUGGAAGGCAUGAUAGAGGACUUGAACGACAUUACCGAUUUGCUCGAGACGACCAUGACGUGCACCGUUUGUGGUUUGACCUUCGAGGACCCUGUCAUGCUCUGGCCCUGUGGUCACUCUUUCUGUCUCGCCUGCUUCGAGUGCCUCGCAAUAGCACCGAGUCUGUACCGCUGCCCCACCUGCGGCAGCAUCGGCAGCGAGGGCUUCCUGCACAACCUGCUGCUUGCCGAGACGGUGGCGAAGUGGAUGUUCAAGGAUAAGGGAUACGGAGACACUCAAGCACCACUCAAUAUAAUCCGCGUUCAUCUUCCGCGAUUCCGGAAGGACCAGAUCCAGUCACGCAUUUUGCAGCUGAAGAAUCAGCUGCGGGAGUCGAAUGAGAGGACCUCCUCAGCAGCGAAGGAGGCGGCCGAGCGAGAACUCAUUACCAUCUCCUAUCGGCUCUAUUAA